AUGAUGUCAACUCCGUCUUCGACUGCGCGAAGUGCCACCGCGACUUCGCCCCAGGUCACCGCGUCGGUCGUCAAAUUCCACUGCCUUUACACCCACGAUCUGCGGCGCAAGUCGAAACGAUGGCAAGAUGGCUAUCUACGGUAUCACAAGUUCAACAAGCGGAUCAUGGUCUAUGACGAUCAUGGAAACUUCAUCGGUGACCACCACUGGCGAUCUAAUGACGAGGUUCAAGAUGGCGAUGAACUCGAGCUGGACAAGGGUGUUCUCAUCCAGGUUACCGAAUGCACCGGGACGAGUGAAACCGAUAUUACCAACCUAUACGAGAAGCGAAAGUCUAGUCAAGGCUCACCACAGAUAAAAGCACCAAUGUCCCAAGCUCCUCGCCCCGCGGCGUCUAUCCGUUCCUCUGGCUCCCAGUCUUUUCGGUCGCUAAACGACCUGUUGAAUAUUAAAAAGCCACCGAUUGGACACCUCUCUCCAUAUGAGCAGCGGAAUCCGCCACAGAAGAUGCAAAAUACACAAGAGCCCAUAAGACCGGCGAAACGUCAAAAGACAACUACGGCGGUGCCCGCAAAUCCCGGGAGAACUUCACGCCUUCACAGUCAAGUUAUUGAUUUGACCGAGCUGAACCCGGCAGUUCCCCUGAGACAGGAGACAGAAAAACAGACAGAAAUAGAGCCUCCUAGCUCUGGAGGUUUCCCGGAGGCCAAUGCAUACCCGACAGUUCGUGCAGCGACAAGGACAGUUGCACCAAAGCCAACAUUGCCCCAGAGACCCAAUCCUCCUACUGCCACAAGAAGCCCGGUGGUUGAUGCGCCUCAAAUGACGAGAAAUAGACCACAACAAAUGGUACCACCUCAUACAGCACCCAAGGCUACAAGACCUGCCGCAUCGAACGAUAUACAUCAAAAUACACCGCAGCCUAUGCAGUCUCAAAGAUCUGAUCCGGUUGCCACAAGAGUUCCAGUCACUGCACCCGAAAUGAGCAAUAGUCGACCAACAUCCGGGCAAAUUCCUCUCACAACACCCAAAGCUGUGCAAUCCGCCACACCUGUGAACAAUCUGGCCCAAGGUCUGCCACAGCCCCAGAGACUCAACCGCACAGAACUUUCCAGACCUUCUGCUCCAACGAGACCAGAAAUUUCUUUAGCCCAGGAAAGAACGACAACGGAUGAACCCGUUACAAGGGCCACAGAUAGACCGAACAAUGUGUCAAACCCUAUGCAGCCAGGAUCGGGCCCUCUGACAGCCUCGCGGCAACCCCCUCUAGCUACAUCCAAACCUCUUACCACUCGUUCUCUACCGAUUGGAUCUGUCCACACAAACAACAAGAAUACAGAACCUCCGAAGCCUACAAAUGAACCAGCAUCCAAGGAAAUGCCACCUCCUUCACGUCCAUCCCCAGGAGUGUCAGCUCAAAAACCAACGACCUCUUUACGGAUGGGCACCGCGAAACCUCGCAGGAAGCUGAUGUACAGUGCACUACUGCCAGGUGAUAUCUUACAAAAAUCGUCGUCUCCACCAACGAGAACUCCCCCCGACCCCAAACCACGUGAGACUGCCUCAACAUCCCAAGAGCUGCAAUUUACAAGACCAGUCGUUCCAUCGACUGAGAACCUAGGGACUGCGAAUGAAGAUUUUAUGCCAUCACAGUCAACACAAUUUAUCUUUGACGAAAUGCUAGAUGGCUCAGGCUUCAAACCACCUUCGGCAAUUCGAAAUGUAACGGGAAGAAGAUCCCUUGAUUCGCCGUUGCGCAAAUCAUUAUCGGAUCCAACAACAUUGAUUUCACGAAAAGGCCACCAGGCCCGUUCAAACCUCACUAGAAGCUCCUCGACUGCAGCAGACCAGGAAAAUCAGCCCAAAGAAGAAGGACCGUGGACGUCAGAAGCUUUGGAUCUGUUUGAUUUCUGGCCUGCUGGACGCCACAAACCAACUUGA